AAACCCAACUAACGAAACACUAAUUCCACUCCCACUUCUACCCCUUCCACCCCCAUUUCUCUAUUUCCAUGCAACUAGUCAGAAACAGAAUCCAAAACCCAACCCGACAACACUCUCUUCUUGUUCUUCUUCAGCUUCAAAGUUCAAACCUUUGCUGAGCUCAAAUGGCUUCCCUCUCAAUUGGGACCCGUUUGCCUCAAUCCCACCACCAAUUCAACAACCUCUCACGGCGGUCUGUCUCUCAGACACAAAGCUUGGCUCCCUUUGGUUCGUCUUUGCGUGGAUUCCGAGGCCCAAGAUUGCUUGGGAAUGGAAUGUUGGUCAGAGCUGAAGAGAAAGCCAGAGGUUCGGGUUCGGGUCAGCAGCCCAAAGCUCAGUCCAAGUCUGAGGAGGAGUUGCAGGAGUUGACAACAAGUUCUGGAACAUGUGAUCCUUUAUGUUCGGUUGAUGAAACGAGCUCGAGUGAUUUUGAGGCCAGUUACAAGCCAAAGACUGAUUUACUGAAAGCAUUAGCAGUAUUUGCGGCAGCUGCAACAGGGACAGUUGCAAUUAACCAGUCCUGGGUUGCUGCUAAUCAGGAUGUUGCCAUGGCACUGCUAUUUGGAAUAGGAUAUGCAGGCAUCAUUUUUGAAGAAUCUCUGGCCUUCAACAAGAGUGGAGUAGGUUUGAUAAUGGCUGUCUGCUUGUGGAUUGUGAGAAGCAUUGGUGCUCCUUCAACUGAUAUAGCUGUUGCAGAGUUACAACAUGCAUCUGCUGAAGUCAGUGAAAUAGUGUUUUUCUUGCUCGGUGCAAUGACGAUUGUAGAGAUAGUUGAUUCUCAUCAAGGAUUUAAGCUGGUCACUGACAAUAUAACUACUCGAAAGCCAAGAACACUCCUCUGGGUGGUUGGUUUUGUAACGUUCUUCCUUAGUUCAAUUUUAGACAACCUGACAUCAACCAUUGUCAUGGUGUCUUUAUUGCGAAAACUGGUGCCUCCCUCAGACUUCCGCAAGCUUUUAGGAGGAGUUGUCGUCAUAGCUGCAAAUGCUGGUGGUGCGUGGACCCCUAUUGGUGAUGUUACCACCACUAUGUUAUGGAUACAUGGUCAGAUAUCAACAGUGGAGACAAUGAAGGGAUUAUUUAUACCAUCUUUAGUCUCCCUUGCUGUUCCGCUGGCACUUUUGUCCUUGACAAGUGAAGCAAGUGGUAGUGGACCAGAUACAUCCAAUGUUAUGGCAUCUGAACAGAUGGCUCCCAGGGGACAGCUUGUUUUUUCUGUAGGCAUUGGAGCUUUGAUUUUUGUUCCGAUUUUCAAGUCCCUUACUGGUUUGCCACCUUACAUGGGUAUGCUCCUUGGACUUGGAGUCCUUUGGGUUCUGACUGAUGCGAUCCACUUUGGUGAAUCAGAAAGACAAAGGUUAAAAGUACCACAGGCUUUAUCGCGGAUUGACACUCAAGGGGCACUUUUCUUCCUUGGAAUUCUAUUAUCUGUUAGCAGCCUGGAGGCGGCAGGAAUUCUUCGGGAAUUAGCUAAUUACCUGGACGCUCAUAUUCCCAGUAUUGAACUGAUAGCAAGUUCAAUAGGAAUUGUCUCAGCAAUUAUAGACAACGUUCCACUGGUUGCAGCAACUAUGGGGAUGUACGAUGUGACCUCUUUUCCCCAGGAUUCUGAGUUUUGGCAGCUGAUCGCAUAUUGUGCUGGUACUGGUGGAUCCAUGCUAGUUAUUGGUUCGGCAGCCGGAGUUGCUUUUAUGGGGAUGGAAAAGGUGGACUUCUUCUGGUACUUCCGCAAGGUGAGCGGGUUUGCUUUUGCCGGUUAUGCUGCUGGUAUUGCUGCCUAUUUAGCAGUUCAAAACCUCCACAUAUCGCUACCAACAACAGUAGCUCAGGUUCCUUUCCUAUCUGGCUCCUGAAUUACGACAUAGUGGCCAGCCUGGAUCCUUUCACUUCCAUUGAUGCCGUCUAUAUACUUCGACAUGAGUUUCAUUACCAUCAUAGUACUGAAUAUUGUGAGUGGGAAAUGUAGAAUGAUGUUCCCUUAAGAAAUUAUACAAAGUUUGGUGAAUAAACUACAAGUAAAUAAGAAUCAUGUCACUAUGGGUCAAAGAGCAACGGAGAAUUUUGGAGUAAAUUUUGUUCCAAUAGUCCCAGAAGUAGUUUAUCAAUGGAUACAUACUUUUUCUUUUUUCUAGUUUAAUGGGACCAAAGGAUGUAUUUGACAUCCAACUUGUAAUGCAUUCUAUUUAAAUUUUCAGUCGCACCUAAACUUGAAAUUAAAGCGCAUUCGGAGCUGAACAAAAUCCUUCUCUUUUAAUGAAAUGUCAAUGUGGAAUCCUCUUCUUUCC